UGUAUUGCCUCAAUUAAGAUGUUCAAAGAGGCACUUCCAAACUUGAGACUUUUUGUGGUUAGGCUGAUCAAACCCUGAAAAAUUGCAGCUCAAAUAUGGCAAUGAGAUGAGUUAUCUAGACAUUAAUUAAGCAAGAUGAAAAACGAAGUGGGCACAACCAAGUAAAUUUUUAGCAGGAAAGGGUACUCCCUUUUUUCAAGGUAGAUGGACCCCAUCUAUGAACGAGAGUUUCCAGUCACACUAGGCCCUUGAGAAUGGAGCUAGAGCCCCAUGCUUCAUUGGGUUCAUUUUGGACAAGCUACACACACCCAUUCUCUUCCCCAGUUGCUUAAUCACCCUGCUUCCUCUGCUACAGACUCAAGGACUCGUGUAUCUAUUCAUAGAAGCAAAGCUGUGAAACUGCACAAUUUGCGUAGGAUGAACUCAUACAAAGUAUGAAGAUGGAUUUUUACUUGGCACCUGGGUAGGGGGCCAGGCUUGGGGUGUGGCCAGCCCUUAAAGGGGUGGUUAAUCAUACAAAUAUAUGACCAAUAGGUCCGAUACUUUGUCUUAAUUUGGAGAGCUAACAAGAAAUGAAAACAAGAAAAACUAAAAAUAGUAAGAAUUAGGCAGCUGUGAUCCCUCACAUCCCUCCAUUGCAUCCCAGUCAUUGUGGUUGGUUAAAAAGCCUUUUGUUUUUCCUUUCCCAUUCCCAUUCUCUCCUCUCAUUCCUCCUUUGCAUCCUUAUUAUCUCUCUGUGACAGGCGGGGCCACCAUCGGGGACAUAGGCAGUUUCUACUGGCAAGAGACGGGGGAGGACCAAUCCAAGAUCCGGCCAAAUGCCAGAGCAGCUCCUUUCUUGCACGGAAUUACCACCAAAGGUGAAUUCCUUUGGUGUAUGGAAAUAUGAGAAAGGGCCACUGAAGUUUCCUUUGCCAUUGCUGCAAAUGCAGAUUCUCGCCAUUCUUGCAGUUAUUCACACGCUUCAUUUUGUUCUCAAGCAUUUAGGACUCCCCAUGCUCAUUUCUGAGAUUGCUGCUGGACUACUGCUGGGUGGAUCAGCGCUGGGGAACAUCUCGGCCUAUUCAGAAAUGUUUCUCAAUGUAGAAAGUCAGAAUAUAAUUGGUACUCUAUCAAUAUUUGGGUACACACUUUUUAUGUUUCUAAUUGGAGUGAAAAUGGAUAUGGGCAUGAUAAGUAACACAGGCAAAAAGGCCUUGGCUGUUGGGAUAUUAGCCCUUUUGGGGCCAUUAAUAGUUGGUAUGGCCGUCGCAGUAAUCUGCCUUGAGUUUUGGGCGAAAGAAGCCACGAAUCUUACCUAUAUAGCAGCAGUGCAUUCUCUGACGCCAUUCCCAGUCAUCGCUUGCCUCCUCAGUGAACUCAAAAUCCUGAAUUCGGAGCUUGGCCGGCUAGCACUGUCUUCAGCUAUAGUCAGCGACUUAUUUAGCUUAUUCCUCACCAUUGUUUCCGUCGUGGUUAGGACCCGUGAAGGCGCACCAUGGCAUACAGCGGUGGUAACCGUGGUAUCACCUGUUGUUUUUGUCCUUGUGGUUGUGUACAUCCUCCGCCCGGCCAUGUUCUGGGUCGUUGCACAGACACCAGAAGGCAGGGCGGUCAAGAAUGUGUACAUUUACGCUAUCAUUUUGGGGCUCCUUUUUUGUGGUAUCUUUUCUGAUUUUUUUGGACAGUAUGUUAUCUUUGGGGCAUUUAUCUUCGGUCUGGCUGUACCAGAUGGACCCCCAUUAGGCUCUGCUCUGGUGGAAAAGCUCGAUUCCAUGGUCUCACUUGUUCUUAUGCCAAUCUUCAUGGCUACAUGUGCCAUGAGAGCAAAUGUGAUUGACGUCUUCAGGAAAGGAGACAAGGAAACAGUAGCCAAUAUUUUUAUCAUUCUUGCCACUCUUAUAGCAAAAAUUGGAGCCUGCGUGGCACCUCUCUUGUAUUGCAAGAUGCCCUGUAAUGAUGCUUUAGCACUUAGCCUCAUCAUGAGCGCCAAAGGCACUGUAAACAUGGCCACCCAAAGCGUUCUAAGGGACAGCGGGGUGGUGGAUGAUGAAAUAUUUGGACUAAUGGUUAUUGCUACAACCUUGAACGCAGCUAUUGUGCCAUUCCUGGUGAGAAAACUCUAUGAUCCUUCAAGGAAAUAUGCAGGCUACCAGACAAGGAACAUUAUGCAUUGCAAACCCAACGCCGAGCUUCGCAUACUUGCAUGUGUCCAUGAACAAGAAGGCGUAACCUCCAUCAUCAACCUGCUCAAUGCCUCCAAUCCUACCAGAGACAACCCCAUCUCCAUUUAUGUUCUUCACCUCAUCGAGCUAGUUGGGCGGGCCACCCCAAUCUUCAUUUCCCAUGACAUGCAGAAGAGGACUGUUUCUAAUCACUCCUACUCCGAAAAUGUCAUCCUUGCGCUCAAUCGCUACCAGCGGAACAAUGGAGGUGCUGCCUUGACCCAUGUCUUUACAGCCAUCUCUCCCCACAAGCUCAUGCAUGAGGAUAUAUGCACUCUUGCGCUAAACAAACUGGCUCUAUUUAUGAUAAUCCCCUUCCACCGUAAAUGGAACAUCGGUGGGUCUAUUGAAUCAGACGAGCAAAGGAUAAGGAACCUUAAUUGCAGUGUCCUGGACAUGGCUCCUUGCUCUGUAGGGAUUCUUGUUGACCGUGCCCAGCUAGGGCGCUCGGCCUCACAGUCAUUUUACAUUGCUCUUAUUUUCCUAGGAGGAAACGAUGACCGUGAGGGCUUGGCCUAUGCCAAACGCAUGGUUUCAGGCCCCAACGUGAACCUCACAAUAGCUCAUUUCUUGCCCAUGGACGAUGAAAACACAAACGAGUGGGAAAAUAUUCUUGAUGAUGAGGCACUCAAGGAUAUUAAACAUAGUAAUCUGGGCUUUGAACAAGUUAACUAUUUACAGAGAGUUGUGAAAGAUGGACCUGAGACGGCAUUGAUUGUUCGAUCAAUGACUAGUCAGUAUGACCUCAUAAUAGUAGGGAGACGGCACGGUGUAGAAUCGCCUCUUACAUCAGGCCUCACAGAAUGGAGUGAAUUCCCAGAGCUUGGGGCCCUUGGAGACCUGCUUGCAGCAUCAGAUCUAGACAGCAAUGCUUCUGUAUUGGUUGUGCAACAACAACGAAAGUUGUAAGACACCCAUUAAUUGUGUAGCUAGAUGCUAGUGUACUUGACAGGAAAUUAAGAGUUGGUGGAUGCAAUUGUGUCUCUCCUCCUUUCUCCCUCUUUUUUUUUUUUUUUUUUC